AAUGAAGUCAUCAGUCAUAUUUUUAUCCCUUCUCGUGUUGGGGCUUGCCAUGCCCCAGCCAAGGAAGACAUUUCUUGAGAAUGUUGACGAUUUCAUGGAUCUGAUAAUUGUAGAAGCUCUUCCGGAGAUGGCGCAAUUAAACAAUUAUAUGAGUUUUGAAGAAUUUAUAGCGAGUCUUGAUUAUUUAGGGACAACAGAUUUUAAGGGAAUUGUUUACGAAAUGGAAGAUUUACCAGAAUUUAAGGCGGUCGUUGAAUUUUUGGAAGGUCAUAAUAUAGAUAUUCUGUACUUUAUCAACCUACUCAAUAAUAUGAUUGAAUCACUAAUUCCUAGUAGACUUCUUCUUCUUCAAGAGACCAGUGGUAAAGAUAUGAGCUCAUUUAUAAAAGAUUCCAUAGCUCUAUUUCCAAAAGAAAAAUUAGCAGCCUUAUAUGAACAAAAGAUCAAUGAGGAUGAGGACUUUAAAAUUGCAAUGGAGAGUUUAAGAAGCGACGAAUUCCAAGAACUUUGGAAUGCUCUUUGGGAGAAUGAGACAUUCAAGGCAGAAGCGGACGUUCUAGCAGAAAAUGGUAUUGAACUUGAACUACUCGUGGAAGAAGUACUCGCUAUAUUUGGACAGAAUUAAACUGAUUUAUUUAUAAAAUAAAAAAGCAAAAACAAUCAA